GAAAUGAAUGCCCACCGAAGUGUGCGGUGCGUCUGUAUAUUUAUUAGUAUGAACUGCAGCUAAAGUACACAAUUUGCCAUCUUACUUCAGGUAAAGAGAGGAUUAACCUCAUUCGUCGAUAUGGUAGUUGUAAUUAAGAUGAAAGGUUUACCCUGGGAAGCCACAGCGCGAGAGAUAAGGCAAUUUUAUCGAGGCUUGGACAUACGUGAAGAAGACAUUCACUUAGCUCCCAGCCCAGAAGGAAAGGCAUCUGGUUAUGCUUUUGCUUGUUUUCAUAAGGACGACGAAGCGAGGAAAGCUAUGCACCGGCAUGGGAAUUUCGUCGGAAAGCGAUAUAUUGAGCUUAUACUCAGCAGUCAAACGGAAAUGGAGAAAAUUUUAAAGGAAGGUGUUCGCAAGCGUGGAGACGACCUUGACAAAAACCGUGUACUUGGCGGCCAGACCGACGAUAGGAAGGCAAAUAAUUUGAGAGACAACUCCAGGAGUGUUCGAGAUGCCCUUCGACGAUCUCGAAGCCGAAGUCCCAUCCGGAGUAGUAGUUCUGUUGAUAGUUCUUGGGGCCGCAAGGAUCGAAUUGGGUCAAACCAUGCGACAGGUAGUCGGAGACAAGCCGUUACGAACGGCACUGCUAACGGAUUGUCUACAACUCGAAGAGAGGUGGUUCGUCGAACUCGAGAAAGUGACCGAAGGAGGGAUUCUGACAGGUUGGAUAGAAGUUCAGCUAAUUAUAACAAGAAUAGCCGAGAAAGUCGAUUGGAUGCCAGGUCUGUUGGUUCCAGUAGUUCAAGGCGGGACUCGGGAAGUGUCAUUAGAGGCGAGACCUCUGUCGGUAAACCGAACAGGAGUCGCCGUGAAUCAUCUGAUGUGGAUGGGGCAGCUGCUUCCUCUACUUGGGUUUUUAUGACAGGUUUGCCUUACACUGUCACUGAAAGUGAGAUUCGGGAUUUUUUUCAGGGGCUUGAUGUCUUGGCUGUACAUCUUAUGUUGCACUCAUCGGGAAGUUGGCUCGGGAAACUCGAUGGAACCGCAUAUGUGGAAUUUAAGUCUGUUGGGGACUGUAUUCAAGGAGCAGACCGAAAUAGACAGUUCAUAAGGGAGCGAUAUGUUGGCGUAAAGCGUUGUACUGCGGAAAGAGCUUAUGAAAUUUUGAAUGUCAAACUCUCAGAUAGUCGGAUAUAUCAGGAACCUAACAUGACAGAAAGAAGCUUCUCUCAAGAAGAUAUUUUGUAUUCCUUAGGGAACAUGAAUGGAAAUAAUCACAAUCUGUCAUCACCAGAAAUGAGAUUGGCUUUGGAUGUUGGGAUGAAUACUGCUGGAAAUAUGCCUAUUCAGGAGAAUUCUGGUGUUGGUACAGAAGGUCCCAUGACACCUGUAAAACAACUUGCGGCUGGGGCCAAUAUAAGUGUGAAUGAUAUCAGUGCAGGGUGUGUUAUAGGGAUUCGCAAUCUUCCCUCUACUGUUUCCGCAGAGGAAAUUUUGGAUUUCUUUUAUGGGUUCCCCAUCAUUCCAGACUCCAUUCGUAUUCAUUACCUUGCUCCAGGGCGUUCAUCUGGUGAUGCUAUGGUGACACUGCCUACUAAUGGCGAAGCACGUAGUGCAAUUGAACAGUUGAACAAUAAACCAGUUGGUAAACGUAAAGUGCAGCUGUUUUUGGUGUAACAAAAAAGUGUGAUGGGAAAUUCAAGGAAAGUUGAGACUGUGUUUAGAUGGAUUCAAAGCUUCAUUCAAGAUUUAUUUUAAUAUUAUUGAUAUCAUCCAUGUAAUAUUUUCUUUUUAUUUUGAUUGCAUGCAAAGAUUAGUCUAUUUUUGUUUUUUGUUAAUCACAGUUCAUUUCAUUUCAUUUUUGCUGCAUACUUAUGAAGUGUUUGGUAUUUUGCCAUAUUAUAUUCUGACUUGUAUGGCACAGCUGACUUGUUUAGAGAUCUUUAAAGUUUUAUGACUUAUCUUUACAUAUUUCAAGACAGAUAGCAAAGUGUAGUUUUGUGAUGCGCUAGUCAAUAUCAUGGAUUAUAGCUAUCAGAAUGGCAUUGUUAAAACAAGGAAGGUGAUGGAAUGUGCUGUUGUAGGCAUUUUUGAUGCAUACAUCAAGAGUGGAUUAUUAGGGCUUGGGGUAUUGAAGAUUUAUUUUGUAGUCUCAUUAACACAUGUUGCAAAUUUGUUGAAGGGAGCAUUUAUGAUUGCUGAGAAUUUACACAUUGGUGUAGUUUUAUCUUGUAGAGGUCUAACUAAAAUGUUUGCUGGUGAUUAGAAUACCCACUGUGGGUAUGCAAGCAAAUUCGAGUUUUGAAAGAUAAAGGGAACUUAAUGUAAUCUGCAGAGAUCCAGUCUAGAGUGUUUGGUAAAUGAGUUGCAUGUUGGUAAAUGUUUAAAUCUUGGAGGCAUUCUUGAUUUGCUAAGAAAUAUUGUUUUAUUAGACCUUCCACUCUCACUCAAACAGGAAAAUAUUGAACUUUGGUCAGUCAGUAUACAUGUUGGGCAAUAAGUUCUCAGAGGACUCAGGAGAGUUAAAGAAUUCAGGGUUUUAUUUAGUGAUCCAGCAUUUUUGGAAAAGGAAUUGGAGCUCUUUGAACUUGUAACCGUUAGUCAUAAACUUGGGAAGUUUGUGGUGAUAAAGUUUCAUCAUAAUUUGCUUAUACUGUGUUGUAGGAAGGGGAAAAUUUAUCAUUUUCUUUAUACCAGGGUCGUUUGUAAGUCUUUUUACAAAAUUUCGUAUUAAACACCGUUUGUAUAUAUGAAUAUUAUAUUGGUCUCUAUAUUUUAUCGUACAACACCCUUCAACUCUGAUUGGUCAUGCUUCAGUGAAGUUGUUUGUGAUUUACAUUUUGGUGAUCAAGAGACAUCAUCAUGGACCAUCGACUUUCGAC